AUGCCUAUGGAUGUUACAUCGCCCGUGGUUGCGCCUGUGAUUGCUCCGUCUUCUGGUGCUUCCAUUCAUGACUCUUCCUCCAGUGCUAAUUCGAGGGCGACUUUCCUUGCCUCCAAGUCGCCGCCCGCAAACCGGAAGAUCGCAACGCCUUUGGGUCGCUACUCUCGUCAUUGCAUACCAGUAAAUGUUUCUCAAAAUCUUGUUAGCCCGGCCGUAGCUUCUAUGGCACCUGGUCAAGUCAUUCCUCUGUCUUUGCGUCGUGAGCGACGACAGCAGCGAGAUCGCACGUCUUCCCCUCCACCAUCGUCGUCUUCUACUUCUCGAUCUCGUUCUCGCUCUCCUUCUACGGCCGCUGGCGGUCGACGAAUCCGACGUAGAUUGUGCCAUAGACGGGCCAACACAUCAGCUGUUACAUCAGCGUUGCCAUGCUCCUCUUCCUCACCAUCGCCGUGUCCUUCUUCUACACCGUCGCCUUGUAUCUCUGUCCCCGCUGCUGGAUCAGCGUCACCGUGUCCCUCUCGUUAUGUUCGCUCUGCUACUGCUUUUCCCGCUUCGUCGGUCCAGUCCUGUCCUUUUUCAUUGGCUACUGCCGAUCACGGUGCUGCUGGCCAGUACCGCCGUCCCGCAAGCCCAUUGUCGCGGGACAGCUCUCCUCUCAUGCCUUCUCGCUGUGGGACCGUGCCCCCACUGGUGUUAGAGGCCGCGCAUAGCCCAGUAAACGGUCCCAUUGCCGAGCAUGUCGAUAGCGUUGAAGAUGCUAUCGGCUUGUUCCAGCGCUUGGAAGCUAUCCAAGGUCUGGAUAAAGGCAGUUCUCAGCCUGGCUCUCCAAUUGCUGAGAGAGAGGAGGAGAACCUCCAACCGCCGCCUGUUGACCUCAAUGAGGCGGAUCUCAUUUCGAAUGUUAGAACCUACCCUGCCAUUCCAACGACACCUCUACAUAAUUUCCAAAUUCUAACUGAUUCACCCUUUCAACCAACUGUAGGAGUUCCCAGGCGGCGCGUCGCUCCCGAAGAAGCUCAAGGAGCUUGUCGGAUGGCCCCAGCAAUACAGCAUUAUGUUCAUCCAUUAACUGUGGCUAUUUCUUCACAUUGUUAG